CGUUAUGUUUGGGGUUUUGUCGGCUGAGGAUAAAGAAAGUGCUCGUGUCUAUGAUGGAUUGCAAUGCCAAAUGCUGGAAUAUGCUUGGCCGCGAUCGUGACCAGCCUUUUGCCUCACCGAUUAAAUUGAUGUCGUCGAGUGCUUUCUUUUAGCCUUCAGUUUGAGAAUGUGGCACUAUGGCUGCAGUUCUUACACUCGGCGAAGUUUUGGCCUUGUCUGAUUGCCAUGGACGGACUCAACUGACCUCCAACAGCACCGUCCCCACCAACAACCAGGUGCUGGUCCCCGAGACCCUCCUGAAGAAGCGCAAGAGCCAGGAGCAGGCUCGCGCUGUUGCCCGUGAGGAGGCCCAGAAGAAGAAGGAGGCCAACAAGCAGAAGCGUGCUACCAUCUUCAAGCGCGCCGAGUCCUACGUCAAGGAGUACCGCGAUGCUGAGCGUGAGAAGAUCCGUCUCGGCCGUGUUGCCCGCAAGGACGGUAACUUCCAGGUCGAGGACGAGGCCAAGCUGGUCUUUGUUAUCCGUAUCAAGGGUAUCAACAAGAUCCCUCCCCAGCCCCGUAAGAUCUUGCAGCUGCUCCGUCUGCUCCAGAUCAACAACGGUACCUUCAUCCGUCUCUCCAAGGCCACCCAGGAGAUGUUGACCAUCAUCAACCCCUACAUCGCCUACGGAUACCCCAACCUCAAGUCCAUCCGUGAGCUUGUCUACAAGCGCGGUUACGGCAAGGUUGACAAGCAGCGUGUUGCCCUCACCGACAACCAGAUCAUCGAGGAGAACCUCGGCAAGUACGGCAUCGUCUGUAUGGAGGAUCUGAUCCACGAGAUCUACACCGUCGGCCCCAACUUCAAGCAGGCCAACAACUUCCUGUGGCCCUUCAAGCUCUCCAACCCCACCGGUGGCUUCCACACCCGCAAGUUCAAGCACUUCAUCGAGGGUGGUGACUACGGUAACCGUGAGGAGAACAUCAACGCUCUCAUCCGCCAGAUGAACUAGAUUUCUUUCUGUUCGUUGGGCGAUGGCAGUUCUCUAGGUUGUCUGGGUUAUGGGCUCAUUUUCUCGGUUAGCGGUAUAAUGGUCUGGAUCCAGG